CACAAUGAGAAGGUUUUUGUAUUUUCAGAACAUUUUGCUGCUGGCGGUUUCCAUCUGCGCCAUCGAAUGGGACGGAAAAGCUUUCCGCAAGGCUGAGCGAGAGUGUUUCGAGCUGCUGGGAACACCGGAAAAGUUCCGGAAGCUUUUCACCAACCACGAGUAUCCGGAUCAUCCGGAGGUGCAUCGGAUCGCUCGCUGCCUCGGCGUAUUGACUGGAUUUCUAAACGAUAACAACGAGGUGGAGUGGGGUGGAGUGUUCGAGCUGUUUAGGAACUUUUACUCCGGAACAUCGGAAAAACAGUACAUAAAGGAACUUCAACAGUGCUUCGAUCGGGAGGAAGUUUUCCGCACUCCGAAUAAGGCUGAACAGGCUUACCGGAUGUUCCUCUGUACGAUGGACGAUUACAGGAAGCUCUUUGGAGGGGAUUCUUCAACCGGAAUUUCUGUCAAAUCGGUGCUGGAAAAUUCUAGCAAUCAAUCCGUAGCGCCUAACGGCGCCCUCAAGCUCAACCGGAGGAAUGUUUGGAAGAAUAAAUUCACCACUAAUUGGCACGCGGGAAACAACGAAAAUCAAGGGAAAAAGAAAGAGAAGGCGAAGAAAGUGCCAAGUGCUAUGCAUUGA